CUUACCUGUGUAUGCGUUUUUUUUUUGUUUGUUUUUUUUUUUAAAGGGGUUUACUGCUCGGGCAUUAUCACAAUAGUUUUCAGUCUCAAAGUUCAUGCCUUCUCUAUAGAGCUUGCAAUGGAAAAUAUUUCAUUUUCAAAUAACCAUUUUAACAUUUCUCUAACUUUUCAUCAGCAUAUAAUAAAAUACUGAGAUUAAACGCCUCAAUGUCUAUUCCACAGUUAGCCCUCUUAAUUUCCUGAGCCAAAUCAUUAACAUAAAGAGCAAACAAAGUAGGAGAGAGGACAUCUCCUUGUUUUAUCCCAAAUGGAGUAGGGAACCAGUCCGUCCUCAGAUUGUUCACCUGCACACAUGCUUCUGGUGCAUUGUAUAAGGCUUUGAUUGAAUUAUAGAAAAUACCAUGCUUAAUUAAUUUAUAUUCCAAGAGAACGCUAUGUAUCCAACCAAAUGCUAAUUUUGCCAGGAAGUGCAGCUGCAGUCCUUUAGCAGUCAGAUACACUCGACAAACCAACAGCUUGGAAGACAAAACCAAGAUCUGGAUGCCCAAGGGUUUCUUCAGCAACUGCUUCAGCAGCAGUGGUCAAAUCAAGCUAGUGUAAAGUGUUUCACCAGCACUGUACAUGAUUAACUUUAAGAUCAUGGCUUCAGAAGCCCCUGAUCAAUGACACACAGAGGUUAGCCCCGCAUUGCUGGUCCCAGGCACACAGGAACUGGACAACCAGGAAUUAGAAGAUUCUGUGGUCAGAUGAGUCCAGUUUCCAGCAUUGUCUUCCACCUGCUAAUGUGAGGCUAUGCAGAAGGCCAGGCAAAGCAUCAUCUUCAGCAUGUACAGUACCUACUGUCAAGCAUGGUGGAGGCAGUAUCAUGGUUUGGCGAUGCAUGACUGUUCCUGGUGUUGGUCAUCUCACUGUCUGUGAUGGCACAUCUCUGCCAAUUAUUGUGCCAUUCUCAAAACCCACAUGUUCCCUUCUGCAUGUGCACUGUUCUGUUGAAGUCAAAGCUGUAUGUUUCAACAAGAUAAGGCCCCUUAAACACAUCCAGGGCCAGUAGAACUUGGCUGCAGGAGUUCAGUAUCCAGGUCUUACAGUGGCCAGCUUAAUCAACAGACAUGAGCCCCAUUGAAAAUCUGUGAUGGAUUAUCAAAAGGUCUGUUUCAAAGUGUAAACCAAAGAAAACAGAAUAAUUACAGCAGUAAUUCAAGAAGAAUGGGACAAGAUUAGCCCUUAACAGUGUGAAAGGCUCCUGGGGAGCAUGCCGGCCAGGAUUAGAGCUCAACUGCAUGCUAAUGGCAGGACUGCUAGCUAUUAAUUUGAUGAUGUGAUGAUUUAUUUAUUGUAUUUUCUCUCCUAAAGGUGAGACUAUGAUGUGGAAGGAAAGGCUUCCAGCCUGAAGGAGCUGCAAAUUCAGAGUCAUGAGAUGGAUUUUAAGUGUGUAGCAGAAGGUUCAUCCAAGAGAAUAGGGCGGUACUACUAUUCUUAGACUUAAGUUCAGUUUUAACUCGCUAUUUGGUUUGGUUUAAUCAGGGUGAUGAGUCACACCACAUCUCCUUUAUGACUGGUUGAAUUGCAGUGAGAAUGCAAAGGUAGGUUGUUAAACCGGUUUACUUUUGAUUCUCAUCUAAAUUUUCAUGCUUUUACCGUAAAUUCUCUCGACUUCAGUGAGUUUAAGAAGAAACUUUUCUCUUCACACACUGAAUCUUCUAACAAGAAAUCAAUUAAUUUUACGGUACGUUAGAAAUUCAGUUUCAUACUAAGGGGAUUUUGUGAGUGUGAUGAGCUAAAAAAUAAUUUGUAUAUCAUUUGUAUAAUGCCAGAUAAGGUUAAGGUUAAAAACUCAACACUUGUGUAAAAACAAACAAAAAAAAGUUCUUCCUCAUCACCAGUGUUUUGUUAAGCACAUAUGCAAAUACCACACCUCUCCUCCCCUUUGCCACUGAUGUGUCAUCAUCACAGAAAACCUUCAAAUAAGAAGUUGCAGCCAGUUGUCUGGAAGUCAAACUGUCAGUCAGUUAUCAUCCUCUGAUACUGAUAGGGAACAUUUGCACAUUUAUGAUUUUUUCCAGGACUUGAUUUAUUCUCAUUUACGGUAAGAGAUCAAUUAAACAUUUCCACAUUUAAAGUGAUGAUUCUUGUUUAAAAAGUACGAUUAUUACUUUAUUUGAUUUCAAUUUGAAAAAUGUAUUAUCAGUUUAUUUGUGACUGAGUAGGAAUAUGUCCCACAGGAAUCAAGUGAACACUGUAGCCAAUAAUAAAAAUAUUAAUAACAAUAAUAAUCAUCAUCAAUUAUCUCUAAUUAUUAUUGUUGUUGUUUUUAUUCUUAAGUUAAUAUUAUGAAUCCACGACUCAGCUCUCUCACUCCUUUUGCUGAGUAUGGCUAUGAAUAAAUGGUGAUAGUGUUUAUUUAUUCAUAACUGUAGACUUACUUGUGCGUUUCACCACACAUUUUGUCCACAGACUGGACCUGUUUUCCAGUCACAAGUGUCAACAAAUCCAGGAAGAUGUCCAAAUUUAAGGUGUUUAUUUUACUGCUGUUUCUCACCGGGGUUAGUCUGUUCAUAAGAACCCACUUCAACUUAACUGUCUGGUUCCACUCUCUACAACAAAGCCCAUGUGCUUGUGAGAAGUGUUUAUCAGAAGAUAAGCUGUUGCUCAUGCAAAGUUUCACCAGUUCUGUGGACCCAUUUUUGUCUGUGAACUACAACCUGUCAGAGGAUGCCUUCAACUGGUGGAAGGUAAGUCACUCACCUGCCAAUAAAAAUCAUCCUGCAGUUAUCAGAUGAGAAUCUGAAACCUGUUUUCCACCAAGGCAGGUUGUUUUGUACCCAGCCAGUGUAUAAUUUUAAAGCAGUCCUUCGACAGCCAAACAGCUGGUUCUCUGUCAGGAUAUAUAUAUAUAUAUAUAUAUACAUAUAUAUAUAUAUAUAUAUCCCUUUUCCUUUCCUCCCAAAAUCUACACCGGAACUUAGUAGACUGACUGCAAGAAUCUGAGCUUGUCACUGCUUUCUUCCUUACGAGGCAAACUGUCCCUACCUGCUGUGUUAAGUGAAAAUGUAAAACACUGCACUUGUUCUAUUUUUUUUAUUCAUAUAUACAUAUAUGACAAUGCAUGAUUAUUUGUCGUGGCAAAGACACGUGGGUUUCAAUGAUCCCAUUACAGAAAAUUCAGAAACUCAGGAUUGCCAUUUGCAGCAGUGUUUAUAAAUGUUGGCUGAAUUCUAAUUAAAGAUCAAGAAAAUCUUUUUGUCUUGGGAAAGACAAACUUUCUCUUUGUACUGUGGUCCUCAGCGAAAGUUCAAUGAAGACACCAGUCUUUGAACAGAUAUGCAAUGCCAUAAUGAUGUGACUCCAUAAAGACUCUGAUUUGACUCAUUCUCAUACAUAUGGAUGAGGAGGGACAUCAUCCACCUCCUAGUAGGCGAGAAGGUGUAUUUUCCACACCGAGUGUCUAACCUGUGGAAAAGCAGCAGGCUCCUAGACUGUUCGCAAGUUAAACCAGCUUCAGAACUAGCAACUGAUUCUCAUUGGUAAAAGAGAAGUAGAAAUACAAAUGUUCUUGUAUGCCUGUUUGCUCAUAUAAUGCAAAUGAUAACUGGUUUAACAACAGAGUAUGUCUGGUAUUUCUGUCAGCACUUACAGAAUGAAAGGCGCAGCUUCAGCACCUAUAAAACAACAGUAGAGAGGCUGUUUCAGAUGUUCCCACCAACUCCAGAUCUAACAGAACCCAGCCCUGACCGCUGCAGGAUUUGUGCUGUGGUGGGAAAUUCUGUUAAUUUAAAGCGAUCACACUACGGACCUCUGAUAGAUUUCCAUGAUGUCGUCAUAAGAAUGAACUCUGGUCGUAUCAACGGCUAUGAGGAAGAUGUUGGGACCAGAACAACUCAUCGUGUCAUGUAUCCAGAUGCCGUGGAUUUAGACAACACCACUCAUCUUGUGCUGUUUCCAUUCAAGAUACAGGAUCUUGAGUGGCUCAUCAUGGCCUUCACAACAGGAUUUACUGGAAAAUCAUAUGCAGCAGUAAAAUCCAAGGUUCAAGCUAACAAGGAUUUGGUAAUGGUGGUCAAUCCAGCCUUCAUGAGGUAUGUUCAUGACAUCUGGCUGGAUAAAAAUGGCGGGUAUCCAUCCACUGGCUUUAUGGCUUUGGUUCUUGCGCUGCACAUCUGUGAUCAGGUCCGUGUGUUUGGUUUUGGUGCAGACAGUGAUGGAAACUGGAGCCAUUACUGGGAGAAGCUUAAAAAUAAAAAGUUACGAACUGGACAGCAUCCUGGACAGCAUGAGUAUGACAUUAUCCAGCAGUUGGCUGAGGAACAAAAAAUCCAUUUUUUUACAGGGCACUGAUCUUUUAUCAUUUAAAGUUAAAUAUACAACUCAUUCAACUGAGACUAUAGGAACUGAUUCAGUGGAAUGAACGAAUAUUACUGUCAAUCCUGUACAAAGAAGGGCACAUGUGCUAAGCUGCUGUGCUAAAAUUUUUCCAUGUGCUUUUAUUGUUUGUGUUGUUCCUCUCUAUUACAGAGAAAAAAAAUACAAAUAUUUUCUUUUUAUUAUCUUCUUUAAUGCUUGUCCAAGUUGUUUUCUCCUGAAUAGAUCUUUGCUUGUGUUGUAUCUACUCUCAGAUGUAUGUUGCUUUGGAAAUCAGCGUCUGUAAAUGAAAUUAUAGAAUCAAUGUGUAAGUGAAAUUUUUUUUUAAACAGGAGGAGGUGGGGGUCAUGGUAGUGGUGAGCUGAAUUAUAACAAAAGCUGACUUGUAUGAUAACUAAAAACAAAGGCACUGUAUUUAACUUGUGUGAUAUGAUCUCUGUGGAAAUGUUCUGUCUGCACAAAUAAAUGAAAACAAAAACG